GAUUUACGCGGCGCAGUGGACGCCCGCUUUUAGUUUUACUUUAGGAGAGCGUGCGCCCGCGCCACCACGCACAACUCUUCCGCCGAGCUCAGUGCAAGAACGACACUGGCCGAGUACGAACUUAGGACUGACGCGCGACUGUGAACUGUGAACUUGCGAGUGCUGUGUGUGUGAUUUGUUUCCACAGAGAUCGCGAUAAUCAGCCAUUACAAAUUGCAAGACAAGCGAAAUACAGCAGAAGGACAGAGCCACGUCGUCUUUGAGCCAGCGUUGGAGUGGACGGAACACUUAAUAAAGGAUACAAUUCACCAUUCAGACAACAUAGCGGCCACCUUAAUUGUACUAUCAUAAAGCAGAUGCGUUUGUCAAAAUGCGACUAGAGCAGUCGCGCGAGCGUUGCUGACGACCCCACGCGAGCCACCGACCACCAGCCAUGUACUGCCGAUUCGUCCUGCUGGCGGUUGCCAUCCACCUCUGUAGUUUAGUAGCAGCCGAUGGCCCCGUGUACGAUGGGGGCCAGCCGACUCCGAACGCUGCGCCCGCGCCGGCGCCUGCGAACAACUUCUUGACGCAAACCGUCUACGGCUUCCUCGACUUCACCACCACGAUAGGCAACACCGUCAUGGUCUUCUCGCCGCAGUCUGCCCCACCACCAGAACCACCGAAAACUGAAAAGUCUGUUCAAGAAAAUAUUAUAGAAACUAAACCACCUCCACCCUCCGUCACCAGUGUGAAGCCAGAAACAAUCAAACCUAGCAAACUGUCUGAAAAAGAAAAAACUAAUAAACCAAUAGCCCCCGCUGCUGUAUCUAGUGCUAUAUCAGUUGUCUCUUCUGCACCUAAAAAGGAAGAUAAAGUAGCCAAUACGCCGAAAUCAAUCGCAAAAGAGCAAAAACAAAUAAUAACCAAAGUCGAGGUAGUUGCUGGACCCUCCAAGAUUGUUGAAAAUAACUCACCGAAAGCAUCACAGCCAAGACAAAGCAAACCGAGCAGUAAAAAACCCAAACCUGAAAGCAUAAAAAGUGUAACAAAUGUUGUCAGUAGUAAAGUAGAGGUUAAACAAGCGCCAUCAUCAAUAAUAAUCGAACCAAAAGUUAGUAGUGUAGUUCAAAUCCAGUCAAGCCAAGCUGAUGACGAACCUGCAAUUUUAAUUACUAAUAAUAACAUUGGCGAGCCGGAAUAUGAUUUCUUAUCAAGACAACCUUCUGAAUUCGUAGAGGAAACUUAUAAAGUGAUUAACAUAAGGCCUUCAAAAUCACACGGUCAGAAACCGAAACAUGGCCACAAGCACAGAGUGCAUCCACCCACCCCACCUCCUGAGGAUGAUGAACAUCCUGUUGGUCUUGUAACAACUCUUGGAGGUACCAUAGUCAAAGAUGGUCUUACAACAGUACACGAAACAAGCGUAAUAGGUACAUAUAUUUCCGGCAAAUACGCUCAAGUCUUAAACAGUAAUUCCAAAAUUUUACAAGGGCCCGGCCAUAGAGCUAAAAUUGCACCAAGCCCUACUCACAGAAUUCUAAAAACACCGGCACCUGGUAUCAAAAAUCACAGAUAUAACUUAGAGCCCACUCCAUCGAUCGAUGAUGACGCGAGCUUCAGCAAAUCUAGUCGUAGGCAAACCAGCAGCGGAGGUUCUUUCAAAAACCGCCAUAGAGUUAACGGCAACUCUGAAAAUGACAACCACGAAGCUGUGCAGCCUAGCCCAAGCAAAAAGUUUAAAAACAGAAAUUCUGCUCAUUCCCAGCGAACGCAGAGUACACGUUAUGGCCGACCUGCAAACGCACCUCAACUGGCAACCAUCUCUGUUUUCAGUGAAUCACCGGCACCGUCAUUUUCAAAUAGAAGAAAGAACAAUCGCAACUCUGGGCAUAAAACUGUUGUAACCCCAUCCAGCAAUACUGACAAUCAGUCAAGACGUGGUUUCAAGCCUCGUAUUCAAGCGACACCUGUUGAGCAAGUGACUCCGGCAGCAUCUACCAGUGUAUACAAAUUCAAACUUAAUCGCUCUCCAGGCUCCGGGCGCUGGCAGUACAAAACAAGUCCGAAACCGAAAGUCACUAUUAGAAAGAUGCUGGGUGAUGACGAACAACAAACUACUCCAGUUUCUAAUCCUCUUCUCGACGAUCCUCAAUCGAAUGAACUCUCCCCACAAGCGAGAUCAGAUAACGACCUCGAACUAUCAGGCUCUCAGAGUGGACCUGGUACACUUCUCGAAAAUGAUACCGAUGACAACUCGAUCGAGAAACCUCCACCAGUCGAAACAUUGAAAGUGGAAAUUUCAACACCUGCUCCAUUUAGAGAUGUUUACUAUGAAAUCGCAACUAUCAAAUCUCCUUAUACUUUCCAGGUUGGACGGGUCAAAAACACUCGUAUAAUCACCGUCACCUCUACAAUAGAAAGGCGUAUUGAACCCACAAUUUCUCCUAAUUCGCAAAGUUCUCUCAACGAACCGUUGACAGAAAAUAUAUUAGCGACUGCAUCACCAUACGGAAAAGAUCAUAAUCUUGACUCCAGCAUAGCAACAUUGCCCGCUAUAACUUUGUCAUCUGACAUGGAAACGCCACCAUUAGAGACGGUCACUGAAACGUUCAGCACCACUCAAAACAUGUUGAAAACCCACAUUUUACCAGUUGUUAGAGACACCAACAUCACUAGCAGCUUAACUUUCAUACAAACAUAUCAAAUAACAAGGUUCGUGACAGCGACGAAAACUUUGCCACCUAUGGACUUCUUCCAAUUCAUACCCAGCAAGACAUUGAAGGAAUUUAACAGCCGCCUUGAUGAGGCUGGAUCUGAAUUGCAUUUGGAAUUAGAUUUUGGAGACAGUAAUGAAGAUGAAGAUGGAGUUCUUAGACGUGUCUUCCCACCAGACUUAGAUUUGGCUAAUGUAGGAUCAGAAUUCGACUUGGCUGAAGUAGACAAGUACGGUGUCCCAGACAAUCAUUUAAGGCUCAAGAAAGCACAUGGACAAUAUAAGAAUAACCAAGUGACCGAAGCACCAACUCCUCCUACUCCCGCUUUGACGCCAGAGCAGGCACAACAACUGGCACUCCUGCGUCUCUUGAACCCAGCAGCGGCCGCUCAGAUACCCAACGUGGUCACCACCUCAAAACCAGUCUUGAAAUAUGAAACGGUGUACGAAUCUCACGUUAUCCCUAUAUUUGACGGCAAAAAUACUAUUCAAAGUACCAUAUCUAGACCAGUGGCUACAAUCACGAAAACGGAAUUUGAAAUUGGUACAAGUAGCCUGCCUGCUCUGCCGCUUCAACCCAUCAAUCCGCUUUUCCCUCAGCAGCAGUUCACCGUUACUUCGACCCCUGUCGUGAUGAAUACUGAAGUCACAGCUACCGAUAGUCAAAUUUUGAAAUUGACAUUCGGUGCGAAGACUGUGUACACCACAUUAUUCACGACAAAGGUCGUGCCAACGGUGCUGACGUCGUACGUGACGUCAUCAAUCCCGGUGCAGGCGAGCGCCGGAUUCCCGGGCUAUUUCCCUGCGCCGUUCGCUCCCUUCCCUUACGUAGGUUAAGUGUUUUACAUGAUGUGCCUGGACGUCAAUAAAUUGUGAAAUAUAACUCAAAAGUUUUACGCGAAAACGGAAACUGUUCAAUGUGAAUGCGUUAUUGUAGUGCACGUGAUAAACUAUAUUGCGAGUGGGUGAGCUGUAAACUGUGCGAAAGCAGCAGAAUGUUAGGAUUUAUAGCCUUUGUGGAAACACGAAAACUCUAAAGUUGUAUUUCUUCUAAAGUUUUCCGAGUCGAGAGCUGUGCAGUGUUGCAUGUUUCUCAACCGCGGAGGGAGAUGCUUGCUGACGGCAAAUAAAUGUACUCAUUACACUGCCAUUUACUUUGUAAUCGAUUAGAGCUUUGUAAAUAAUGUUAUUUAUAAAUACUUAGUAUAUUGUAUAUAGAGAAAAUUAUAAAUAUUUUGUAAUUAGAUAAAAUUGUAGAUAAAUUUAGAUGACGUAAUUUGUACCUACCUAAGUAUAUUUGAUACGUUUUUAUAAGUGCGGUAAAAAUGCAAAUGGGUUGUAUAAUUUUAAAAUAUAAAAUGAAAUUAUAA